CCGGCAUCUGCAGUCAUUGGCGACCAGCACUGGACCCAAUACUCCAGAAGACGCCUCACCAGCAUCUUCUACAACCUCAGCGUGAAGUCCCAACACCUCUACUCACAGGUCUGAGCAAUGAAGCUGCGGAGUGCCCUGAGAACGGGAAGGGACUCGCCGGCCGGGAAUUUCGAAGCGGUCAUGCGAGGGAAGGACGUGGCCCCGAGCAGUGAGGGGCCGGGCCGGUCGCGACGCAAGCCCGGCGCCGCCGGCAAGCGGCCGUGGAAGUGCGGGGACUGCGGCAAGGGCUUCGGCUACCCCUCCCAGCUGGAGGUGCACCAGCGCAGCCACACCGGGGAGAGGCCGUUCUCCUGCGCCGAGUGCGGCCGGGCGUUCACCCAGCUGUCCAGCCUGCUGAAACACCGGCAGAUCCACACCGGGGAGCGGCCGUUCACCUGCCCGGACUGCGGGAAGGGCUUCGCCCGGCCGUUCAGCCUGGCGAAGCACCGGCGGGUCCACACCGGCGAGAAGCCGUUCCGCUGCUCGGAGUGCGGCAAGCGGUUCACCCAGUCGUCCAACCUGACCUCGCACCGGCGCGUCCACACCGGGGAGAAGCCGUUCCGCUGCCCCGAGUGCGGGAGGGGCUUCACCCAGUCCUCCUACCUGCUGAUCCACCAGCGGGUCCACUCCGGGGAGAGGCCGUACACCUGCAGCCUGUGCGGGAAGGCCUUCGCUCAGUCGUCUCACCUCGUCAGGCACCGGCAGGUCCACAGCGAGGAGAGGCCUUUCGGGUGCCCGGACUGCGGGAAGCGCUACAAGGGCUCCGGGGAGCUCCGAUGCCACCGACGAAGGCAUCACUCUGACAAGAAACCGACCAGGAAAGCUGUUUUGAUUGAAGAGUCAAGGUGACAAAAGUAGAGCCACACGUCAGCUUGGCACGGUGGCUUAGUGGUUAGCUCCACCGCCUCGCAGCGCCAGGGACCCGGGUUCAAAUCCAGCCUCGGACAGACUUUCUGUGCGGCAUGAA